AUGCCGACCUCGACAUCCCCAGCCCCUUCUACUCCCAAACGGCCACAACCAAGUCCAUCACACCAACUACCACCUCCAUCCGCAUCAACAUCCGCCGCUACUCCCACAUCGACGCCACAACCUAUCGCUUCGUCCUCACCAUCGGCAUCCACUUCUUCUGCUGCAGGCACUCCCACUCUUGCGCAACCAUCUUUGGAGCCCGUCAGGGCAGAUCCUCCAUCCACCACCACAACAGCGUCCUCAUCGCCCAGUACAUCCUCUACAAGACAUCCAGCAACUGUUUCGGAUCCGACCGCAGAAGACGUAGACAUGGCUGUUCCCACCAUCUCUCAUCCCGCUGUCAGCCUUGCUGCUUCGGAUGUUGCCGGCAUGCUCAAGACCGUUAGCCCUGCAGUAUCGGCCACUCUUCCACACAAUCACCCCCUCCUCGGCGACGUGCCGCAAUAUAGUCUCGAUCAGCUUCAAAAUCUCGCACCCGCCACCUCGUUCAGCUCCGCUCCUCAGCCAUUCCGUCCACCUUCUAACCCGCCCCAGCCUUUCCAAGCAGCCAAGACCUCGCCGCCCACCCCCUCUCCUGCGGUCAACCCUACCGACGUCGCUUCAGCUCCCGCGGUCGCUACUUCCACCCCGACUCCGACCAGCACUGCAUCUGCAUCCGCUUCGGCAUCCGCUUCAGCACCACCGUCCACCGACGCCAAAAUGGCUCCUGUUGUUCCCGGUAUGGGCACGCUCCCACCCACUGCCGCCGCUGCUUCCAGCACUGCUGGCCCUAGCUCCGGCUUUGCAUCCUCAGACAACUUGCGUGCCAUCCCCACCAACAAGAACAAUCCCGCCUUCCUCAACAAGCUUCGAAGCAUGGUCGAUGACCCAAACACCGACGAGCUUAUCCGCUGGUCGCCCGACGGCGCCUCCUUCUUUGUCCCCAACCACGUCCGCUUCGGCGACGAGGUACUUCCUCGCUUCUUCAAGCACAACCGCUUCUCGUCUUUUGUACGCCAACUCAACAUGUACGGCUUCCACAAGGUGCCGCACCUCCAGCAGGGUGCGCUCAAGCACGAUUCUCCUCAGGAAAGCGAGUUGUGGGAGUUCUCCAAUCCUCACUUCCACCGGGAUCACCCCGAUUGGCUCUCCAAGGUCCAACGCAAGAAGGGCCCACGCGACGACAAGGACACGCACCCUGACCGCGAACCCAACACCACAACGGGACAGGAGCUCAUGCAUACUGGUGCUCUCAUGCGCACAGAUUUCGGCGCCAACGCCGUCGGUGUCGACUCCAACAGCGAUGGUGCCCUCCAACUCGCCAGUGUGCUCAACGCCAUCAACGCCAUCAAGAACGCACAAACAAGCAUUAGCGCUGACCUGCGCCAUCUUCAGAACUCCAACCAGAAUCUCUGGCAGGAAGCCGUCGAAUCAAGGCAGCGUGCCAAGCGUCAACAGGAGACCAUUAACAAGAUCCUCCGAUUCCUUGCCGGCGUCUUUGGCAACCAGGAUGAUCCAGAGACGCCGGUUCCGGGCAAAAAGGUGUCGGGCAAGGGUCGUGGUGGAAGGAGGGUCGGUGUUCGUCCGCAACAGCAGCAGCGCAACAAGAGUCGUCUGAUGAUCGAAGACGGCAAUGCUUCGUCGUCCACUCUGCGAGGUCUCGAGGGGUUGGAUUUGCCCAUGGAUCAGGAAGAGGUCGAGGAGAUGCCCUCGCAUUUGCGCUUCCAGGACGCCAGCAAUCCUGACUCUCCCAAAGGCCAGAGUCCUUCUGCAAACAACGGCGGUUCGAGAUUUACUCAGAUUGGCUCGCCACCCAGCAGCUCCAGUGCCGCUGAUUUCGGAAGGCAACUGUCCGAAGCUGUCUCGACUCCCGGCGGCUCGAGAAGAUUGUCCUCCCAGGCCAGCAAUCAGGUGCUCAAUGCGCUUGCGUCUGGCGAGGGCAAUGCGUGGCUCGCCAGUCUUUUCGGUGCCAGCUUGGCUAAUCAAGGAUCCAAGUCGACCGGGCCUGCGUCGGGAGGAGGUCUCAAGCUGGAUCCGCACAUGGUGGCUGCUCUCCAGCAGGCUCUUGCCAGUGCCGGUGGUGGAGGUGGCGGCGGAGCCAGUGACAACAGCGGAGACUACUUUGGUAGUGCGAGCAACGCGCAGCCAGACGACUUUUCGUCUCGCUUCUCAGCUUUCCCGAACAACGAUUCCGGUAGCAGCAACGCUACGGCCCCGGGUUCGGGCAGCUCGAGCUCAGGCUCGGGCUCAGGCAACGGCCUGGGUCUGGAUGCCGAUGCUAUCGCUCGCAUUGCGGGCAUCUCCCAGGCACUUGUGCAGUCGCCUGCUCGACAGAACUUCAAUGCCGCUGCCCCGAGCAACCACAGCGUCACAUCGCCCAGCAAAGGCCAAUCAACAGCCAGCUUGUUUGACGGCGCCAACGACGAUCCCAGCAGCAGCAGCAACAGCAACAACUCCCAGCAGCUGGCACUUUCCUUGUCCAGGGCCACGCGCGAUCUGCAGAAUACCUCGACCGACGUCGAUCAGGUGCAGAACAGCAUCAACUCACUCAUCGAGGGGUUGCAGACCAACCCAAACAUGCUGCAGAAUAUCACUGGUCAGCCAGCAGCAGCGAGUUCGAGUGUGGCGGUGCCCUGGCAGAAUGCAUAUUCCGAGUCGGGUUCGACGCUUGGCGGUCCAACCAACUUUGGCGAUGCUAGCGGUGCAAGCGCAGCAUCGGCGCAGUUCGGCGGGCCUACGGGCGCCACGCCUCCCUCGUCGAGCACUGGUGCGGCUGCGGGCGCAGUUGCGGGCUCCAACCCGGGUCUCGAUUCCGACUUUGACGUCGAUUCGUUCCUAAGUCAGUUUGUCGAUACCUCGCAAGCGCCCGGUGGAGGCGUCACCAGUCCUUCGGCCAAUACCGCAUUUGGCGAGAGUCCUUCGUUUGCGUUCUCGCCCGCCACAACGGCUGCGUUCCUGCAUGGAGCAGGUGCCAACGAUGCACCGGGCAUCUACGCGCAAGAAGUGGCGUCGGGGACUAACUCGGGUACCAGCUCCAACAGUACGAACAGCCCCUUGGAGACAAUUGGGGCGUGGAAGAGCGGUGCGGGAGGUGGGAAGAAGAGGAAACCGUCGACGUCGAUGGCGAGUCCGAAUUCCAUGGAUGUUGAUAUGGCGAGUAGCAGGCCGGUCAAGAAGUCGGCUAGUCGCAAGGCCUAA